GGAGGCUCGCCUGGGUCCCGCAGGCUCCGGAGCCCCGAGGUCUCCCCGCGAGGUCCCCGCGCUGUCCCCUUCUCUGCGGGAGCUCAGGUCUCUUAGUGAGCGAGAGACUUGCAAGCCUCCAGCCUAACCAUGGCCAACGGGGUGACGCCACCGCCCGGGGGCGCCUCACCCCUACCCCAGGUCCGGGUGCCCUUGGAGGAGCCUCCUCUGAGUCCAGACUUAGAGGAGGAGGAAGAUGACUUGGGCAAGACCUUGGCUGUGAGAAGGUUUGGGGACCUUAUCAGCAAACCUCCAGCCUGGGACCAGGAGAAGCCCAGCCGCAGUUACAGCGAGCGGGACUUUGAGUUUCACCGGCACACGUCCCACCACACCCACCACCCGCUCUCGGCUCGCCUGCCUCCACCCCACAAGCUGCGGCGACUGCCCCCCGCCUCCACCCGGCACACCAGGAGGAAGAAGAAGAAGGAGAAAACCUCCGCUCCCCCCUCGGAGGGGACACCCCCCAUUCAGGAGGAGGGGGGAGCUGGAGCAGAGGAGGAGGAAGAAGAGGAGGAGGAAGAAGAAGGGGAUUCUGAGGCAGAACCUGUGGAGCCUCCACCCUCAGGGCCUCCACAGAAAGCAAAGUUCUCCAUUGGAAGUGAUGAGGACGACAGCCCAGGCCUCUCCAGCAGGGCUGCCUGCACCAAAGCCCUGCCCUCUGUGGGCCUGCACUCUGACCAGAGCCCUCAGCGGUUGGGCAGCUCCCCCAGUCCCCGGGCCCGGGCCUCUCGAGUCACUGCAGAGAAGAGUCGGCCCUGGAGUCCAUCAGCCAGCUAUGACCUGCGGGAGCGACUGUGCCCGGGCAGUGCCCUGGGCAACCCAGGCCCAGAGCAGCGGGUCCCCACGGAUGAGGCAGAGGCCCAGAUGUUGGGCUCUGCUGACCUGGAUGACAUGAAGAGUCACCGGCUGGAGGACAACCCCGGGGUGAGGCGGCAUUUAGUGAAGAAACCGUCCCGGACACAGGGCGGGAGGGGCAGCCCCAGUGGCCUGGCCCCCAUCCUGCGCAGGAAGAAGAAGAAGAAGAAGCUGGACCGGAGACCUCACGAGGUGUUCGUGGAGCUGAACGAGCUGAUGCUGGACCGCAGCCAGGAGCCCCACUGGCGGGAGACGGCCCGCUGGAUCAAGUUCGAGGAGGACGUGGAGGAGGAGACGGAGCGCUGGGGGAAGCCCCAUGUUGCCUCGCUCUCCUUCCGAAGCCUGCUGGAGCUCCGCAGGACCAUCGCCCAGGGAGCGGCUCUCCUGGACCUGGAGCAGACCACCCUGCCAGGCAUUGCCCACCUUGUGGUGGAGACCAUGAUUGUGUCUGACCAGAUCCGGCCCGAAGACAGGGCCAGCGUCCUGCGAACUCUGCUCCUGAAACACAGCCAUCCCAAUGACGAUAAGGACAGUGGCUUCUUCCCCCGAAAUCCAUCAAGCUCCAGUGUGAACUCCGUCCUGGGGAAUCACCACCCAACCCCCAGCCAUGGCCCUGAUGGCACCGUGCCCACCAUAGCCGAUGACCUCGGGGAACCAGCCCCAUUGUGGCCUCACGAUCCUGACGCCAAGGAGAAGCCCCUCCACGUGCCCGGGGGAGACGUUCGCCGGGGGAAAAGCCUGAGGCUCUUGGAGAAGAUUCCUGAAGAUGCGGAGGCCACCGUCGUGCUCGUGGGCUGCGUGCCUUUCCUGGAGCAGCCAGCGGCAGCCUUUGUGCGACUGAGUGAGGCCGUGCUCUUGGAGUCGGUGCUGGAGGUCCCGGUGCCUGUCCGCUUCCUCUUUGUGAUGCUGGGGCCCACCCACACCAGCACCGACUAUCACGAGCUUGGGCGCUCCAUCGCCACCCUCAUGUCUGACAAGCUGUUUCACGAGGCUGCCUACCAGGCAGAUGACCGUCAGGACCUGCUGGGAGCCAUCAGCGAGUUCCUGGAUGGCAGCAUUGUGAUCCCCCCGUCCGAGGUGGAGGGCCGUGACCUGCUGCGCUCAGUGGCCGCCUUCCAGCGGGAGCUGCUGAGGAAGCGACGGGAGCGAGAGCAGACCAAGGUGGAGAUGACCACGCGGGCGGGCUACGCAGCCCCUGGCAAAGGGUUAUCUUUGGAGAUAGGAGGCUCUGAGGUGACCCCUGAAGAUGAUCCCCUGCGGCGGACAGGCUCGGUGUUUGGGGGGCUGGUGCGGGAUGUGAAGCGCCGGUACCCGCACUACCCCAGUGACCUGCGGGACGCCAUGCACUCCCAGUGUGUGGCUGCCGUUCUCUUCAUCUACUUCGCCGCCCUCAGCCCCGCCAUCACCUUCGGGGGGCUGCUAGGAGAGAAGACCGAAGGACUGAUGGGCGUGUCGGAGCUGAUCGUUUCCACGGCCGUGCUCGGAGUUCUCUUCUCCCUGUUGGGGGCCCAGCCACUGCUUGUGGUGGGCUUCUCUGGGCCUCUGCUUGUUUUUGAAGAAGCCUUCUUCAAGUUCUGCCGAGCCCAGGACUUGGAGUACCUCACCGGCCGGGUGUGGGUGGGCCUCUGGCUGGUGGUCUUCGUGCUUGCCCUGGUGGCCGCUGAGGGCAGCUUCCUCGUCCGCUACAUCUCGCCCUUCACCCAGGAGAUCUUUGCUUUCCUCAUCUCGCUCAUUUUCAUCUAUGAGACCUUUUACAAGCUCUACAAGGUGUUCACAGAGCACCCUUUACUGCCAUUCUACCCCCCGGAAGGGGCCCCGGAGGGAGCUCUAGAAGCUGGCCUGGAGUUGAACAGCAGUGCCCUGCCCCCCACGGAGGGACCCCCAGGCCCCAGGAACCAGCCCAAUACUGCUCUGCUGUCCCUCAUCCUCAUGCUGGGGACGUUCCUCAUCGCCUUCUUCCUGCGCAAGUUCAGGAACAGCCGCUUCCUGGGGGGCAAGGCUCGCCGCAUCAUCGGGGAUUUUGGCAUCCCCAUCUCCAUUCUGGUGAUGGUCCUCGUGGACUACUCCAUCACAGACACCUACACGCAGAAGCUGACGGUGCCUACAGGGCUCUCGGUGACCUCCCCCGAUAAGCGCACAUGGUUCAUCCCGCCCCUGGGCAGUGCCCGCCCCUUCCCACCCUGGAUGAUGGUGGCAGCUGCUGUGCCUGCCCUCCUGGUCCUCAUCCUGAUAUUCAUGGAGACCCAGAUCACCGCGCUCAUCGUCAGCCAGAAGGCACGGAGGCUGCUCAAGGGCUCCGGCUUCCACCUGGACCUGUUGCUCAUUGGCUCCCUGGGUGGCCUCUGUGGGCUGUUUGGAUUGCCCUGGCUCACAGCUGCCACCGUCCGCUCCGUCACCCACGUCAAUGCUCUGACCGUGAUGCGUACCGCCAUUGCGCCCGGUGACAAGCCCCAGAUCCAGGAGGUGCGGGAGCAGCGGGUCACCGGGGUGCUCAUCGCCAGCCUUGUGGGCCUGUCCAUUGUCAUGGGGGCUGUGCUGCGCCGGAUCCCGUUGGCUGUGCUCUUUGGAAUUUUCCUGUACAUGGGUGUCACCUCACUGUCUGGUAUCCAGUUGUCCCAGCGCCUGUUGCUCAUCUUCAUGCCAGCAAAGCACCACCCUGAGCAGCCCUACGUGACCAAGGUGAAGACAUGGCGGAUGCAUCUGUUCACCUGCAUCCAGCUGGGCUGCAUUGCUCUGCUCUGGGUGGUCAAGUCCACAGCGGCCUCCCUGGCCUUUCCCUUCCUGCUGCUGCUCACAGUGCCUCUGAGGCGUUGCCUUCUGCCCCGGCUCUUCCAGGACAGGGAGCUGCAGGCGCUGGACUCAGAAGAUGCCCAGCCGAACUUCGACGAGGAUGGUCAGGAUGAAUACAACGAGCUGCAUAUGCCUGUGUGACCCUCGGGGUGGCGCCCCCUCAGAGACCCCACCUUGGCGACUCACAGACCCCAGGACUCCAGUGGCAGGGCCAGGUGCUCUUCACCGUCCAGAGGUGUGCCUGGAGCCGCUGCCCGGGCCAGGCUAGCAGCCCCCCGCCGACUUUGGCUGCAGCCUUUCACACAGCAGACGGCGCAGGCUUUGAGCUCAUUAUUACACACUCCUGGUUUUGU